CUCAAAGCCGCUGCGCUGUCUCCUCUCUACUGGCAGGAAUGAACGCUCGCCGGAAGUGAGGUGGCCUUUCUCGAGAGCAAGCGAAAAAUAAACACGUAACCGUCAAGCGGCUGCGACUACAAGAGAUUGGAAGCGGCACGAUUGCUUUAGAUGGGAGGAUAGACACAAGACGCAGUUAUUAGAAGCAAAACUCUCUAUCUAAAGCAGAAAUAGCGGAUUCCUGCGGCUGAAGUGCAAGAUGGUGCGAGCCGCUCUUGUGACAGGCACCAGUUUGGUGCUGACUGGUGCAGUGGUUGCUCAUGCUUACUUCCUCAAGAACCAGUUCUACCCAACUGUGGUGUACCUCACUAAAAGCAGCCCUAGCAUGGCAGUUUUAUACAUUCAGGCUUUCGUUUUGGUUUUCCUUUUGGGGAAAUUAAUGCGGAAGGUGUUUUUUGGGCAACUGAGAGCUGCUGAAAUGGAGCAUCUGAUUGAACGCUCCUGGUAUGCGGUGACAGAGACCUGUUUAGCCUUUACAGUCUUCAGGGAUGAUUUCUCUCCUCGCUUUGUGGCCCUUUUCACUUUGCUGCUCUUCCUCAAAUGCUUUCACUGGCUGGCUGAAGACAGGGUGGACUUUAUGGAAAGAAGUCCAAAUAUCUCAUGGGUCUUCCACUUCAGAGUUCUCUCUUUAAUGGUGUUGCUGGGAGUGUUGGACUUUCUGUUUGUCAAUCAUGCGUGUCACAGCAUUAUAACAAGAGGAGCUUCAGUGCAGCUGGUUUUUGGAUUUGAGUAUGCAAUUCUGAUGACUAUGGUCCUCACCACCUUCAUCAAGUACACCUUACACACAGUUGAUCUGCAGAGUGAGAAUCCGUGGGACAAUAAGGCCGUCUACAUGCUGUACACGGAGCUCUUUACAGGUUUCAUCAAGGUGCUUUUGUAUAUGGCGUUCAUGACCAUAAUGAUAAAAGUGCACACCUUCCCUCUGUUUGCCAUUCGACCCAUGUAUCUCGCAAUGAGGCAAUUCAAGAAGGCAGUAACAGACGCCAUCAUGUCUCGACGAGCCAUUCGUAAUAUGAAUACUCUCUAUCCAGAUGCCACCCCUGAAGACUUGCAAGCCACCGACAAUGUGUGCAUCAUUUGCAGAGAAGAGAUGGUGACUGGAGCCAAGAAACUGCCGUGCAAUCACAUCUUUCACUCAAGUUGCCUUCGCUCAUGGUUCCAAAGACAGCAGACGUGUCCGACCUGUCGUAUGGAUGUCCUCCGAGCGUCCCAGCCAAACCAGACUCCUGCCCCAGCUCCUGCACAAGCACCUGCUGCUGCUGCUCCUGCUGCUAAUGCCCCCGUACCUCCACCUGUCAAUGUCGCUCCAGGUAUGAUGCCUCAGUUUCCUCCGGGUCUGUUUCCCUUUUGGGGUCCCUUCCCAGGCGCGCCUCCUCCUGCUGCUCCAGGUGCACAGGCAGCUCCUGACGCUCCACAGACCAGCACCGCUGCAACACAGGCACAGGGAGCAGAAUCAGGAGCCAGCAGCUCGACCCAGCCGAAUGCAGACAGUGCCUCUACUGCUCCCGGAGCAAUGCCUGGAUUCCCCUUCUCCAUGCCUCCACCUUUCCCAUCAGCUCCAUGGCUGCCGAUGCCUCCACCUCCACCCUUCAUGUCAUCUAUGCCACCGCCUCCAUCGACUCUGUCCACCAUGUCAGAGGCCGAGCUCAGAGAACUGGAGCAGGAGGGCAGGCAAGGAUUGGAAGCCAGGUUGCAGUGCCUUCACAACAUCCACACAUUGCUGGAUGCCGCUAUGCUCAACAUUCACCACUACCUCAGCACGGUGGCUACGUUAAGUCCUCCAAGAUCAGAAAACAACACUGGUGAGACGAGUACAUCUGUGAAUGUGGAGUCCUCUUCCUCCACAGGCAACACGGAAACUCCCAGUCAGGAGAACGAGGCUCAGAGCGAUGGAUCUGGAAAUGGAGCUACAGGCUUUUCUCCACCAGACUCAACCACAGGAGUGGACAAAGACAGGAAGGAGGGAGAUGAAGAUGAGGAUGAUGGUGAGCCAAAUGCCGCCGAGUUGAGACGACGUCGCCUGCGUAAACUGGAGACCAGUAACACUCCUGACCACUGAUGACGUGAUCCAUUUAAAUCGUGAAUUGACUUCUGACAGUAGAAAUGCUUCUUACAGACUCUUGGGCACUUGGCAUGUUGAGAUGUCAGAUUAUCUGAGGAAAGUUCAUGAGUUCUUAGAUGUUAAUUGAAAUGAGGCACAUCAAGGCACUUCCCGCUGUGUGGUGGGUUUGUCAGUGUAAUGUGUACGGAAGAUGCGAUGGGAAACCAUGCGUGAAGAUAGAAAGGAUAAAAAGCCUUGCACCUUGAAAGUCGGCUGUGACGUGUGACUCCAGUAAUGGUGAGACUUUCCUCUCUGAAUGUGAUUUCUGUCUCUCAGAGGAACACGGUCUGUUGAUUUCCUGUGUGCCCUUAAAAUUUGAUGUUUUCCCAUUCUUUGUGUAUUUUCAUUAUUUCUAGUGCUACAUCAUAGAUUCUUUUCCUAGAUCAACUUUGGUUAUGGUUAAAAGAUAUCCAUGAACCAAAUAUCUAAAUUAACUUACUGUACAUAAUGUAUAAAGUGUUUUAAUAGGAGGAUCUGUACAUACUGCACAAUAAAUUGUUCAAAACAGA